UAACAAGCCCCACUCCCAGAGUUGGAGAAACAGUUCUGAACUGAUUACUGGGAUAGAAACUUCUUACCACACACUCACAACCUGAAACUGUUUUACUCCUUGGAAUUAAGAAUCAGAAGCCAGUUUAUUUCUACUUGCCCCUUGUUGUGAAGGCAUUCUUCAGGCAAGGAAGCAGCAAUGGCCCUGGCAGACACUAUGCUUCCUUCAAUUGCUACCUUUGCCAGUCAUGAGACGUUGGUGCAAAAACAAACUGAGAUCAUCAAUAGAUGGAAGGUUGAGGAGCCCAUCUCCAAGUGUGUCUACCAGAUAAGGCCGGUCAACAGCGCUGCCUUCAACUCACUUGAGAACCCGUCUGUCAAGAAAGAAGACGACGAGUUGGGAAAAUUCGUGGAUUUGGAGUUUAUUUUGUCCAAUACGAUGGGUUCGGAGAACCGGAGCGCGGGAGGGCACCAUUCAACCUACCCUCUGCCCGAGACCCCGGAGAGCUGCAGCACCGUGUAUGACAGCGAUGGCUCCUACCCUCCCUCCAGUAACUAUGGGAACAACAGUUUCGCAGGGAGCCCAAACCAGAGCCUGGUCGCUGAACUGCUCACCCCGGAUUUGCCAACCACCUUUUCAGGCGGCUGUGAACUCAGUCAGGGCUUCAGCAUCAAGGCUGCCAUGGAGAGUACAGAGUAUACAGAGCUGAGAUCUCCCAACAUGGGUAACGCUAUCCAAAGAUCCAUCCCGAUGGACCAUAUUCACCACAUGGGACAUAAAAUCAAGAGAGAGCCCCAAUCAGGCCAGUCCUGUAUGCUUGCGGGAUCUCCUUCAGAGUGCAUGGGACCAAUGAUGGACCAAAAACCCAGUCUGCCUCCUCUGCACCAUCAGCAGCAGCAAAUGCACCGCCAUAGCUUCGGGCAUCACAGAGUCGCCCAUUCAAUGCCUUCGGGCCAAAUAGUGACCAAGGAUUGCCAGCCAAUGCCAGAUAUGCACCGCCGCUCGCACAUGCCUGUGCCACAACAGUACCAGAUAGCCAGCGCCUACCCGCCGCACUAUGCCCACCAAGUGCCCGCGCAGUUUCACGGACAGUUCAAUGUCUACCGAGAUCCUCUGAAGAUCCCCGCAGGCAUGCACGGGAUGAUGCUGACCCCGCCGUCUUCGCCUCUCGACUUAUUUUCACCUGUGGGCAUGCCGGAUGACAGUAAACCCAAGAGGGGCCGGCGGUCGUGGGCGAGGAAACGCACAGCCACUCACAACUGCGAGUUCCCGGGCUGCGGCAAGAUGUACACCAAGAGUUCCCACCUCAAGGCGCACAUGAGGACCCACACAGGUGAGAAGCCUUAUCAUUGCAACUGGGAAGGCUGUGGCUGGAAAUUCGCUCGGUCCGACGAAUUAACUCGCCACUAUCGCAAACACACCGGCCACCGUCCCUUCCAGUGUCACCUCUGUGAGAGGGCGUUCUCCAGAUCUGACCACCUUGCCUUACACAUGAAGAGGCACAUGUAAACAGCGAGGGCAAACUUGGGCACACUAUUUAUACAGAUCAAAUUAUUUACAAUAUUUUGAUACUGGGUAAUGACUAAUUUAUGUAUAUAAAGGAUCUUUUAAAAAAAGUAGCACUAAAUUAUUACUCAGUAUUUAAAGAGAGAGAGAAAAACUCUUGUCACCCUGAUAUGUCUUCCAGAGAAAAAAGUAUUACAACUGAAGACAAUAAACUCAGCUGGAGGGGGGAAGGGUGGGGGAGGCUUUAUGCAACAGAAACAGGGCCGGACCCAGUUGUACAUUAAAUGUAUAUAUAGCCUAUAUUGUUUGGGUUAAAACUGAAUUCGCAAGCAGAACUAAAUGAAGCAAAGGUAUACUUUAAGUCCAAGCCGUAUUGUUGUAGAAUUGUUUGUACAGGAGUUUAUUUGCUACACGGACACUCACUUAACAAGAGACAAGCUAAAUGAAAAUACAUUUGUUUUGAACCUUGUUUUGCUUGGAAGUGGAGGGCGUUGGUUCAAACUGGCACUAAUGUUUUCAUGAUAAAAUAGACCAGGUACUGCCUCGGAUGAAGUUGUUGACCUCUUUUUCUCUAUUUUUGUUUUUGGUUAGUUUGCAUUGUAUAAAGAGAACGCAGCAGCUCCCUUUUUUAAAUAUACUUGAAAAACUUUCUAACGUAAAUACAGCCACACAAAAAAAUUAAAGUUCUCAAAGUAUGACUCACUUCAUUGUCUCGACAUAAAUUGAAGAGGACGUGUUCUAUGCAGAUAGUGUUGAAAGAAGUGUUCAAAGUGCAAUAUUUUUUUGUUUCCUUUGUAAUCGGGGUUCUAAUGUUAACACCGAGUUAUCUAAACACUGGAACUAACUGCUGUUUUAUUGAUGGGAGGUUCUUGGUGAUCUAGUGCCAGCAAUUAAGACAUCAUCACCGUGAACCUCCAAUGCAUUCUUUAUAUUCGUGUUUUGAUUAUAUAUAAAUAUAUAUAUUAUGAAUAAAGUAUUAAAAACA